GCGACACGUUCGAUAUCUCUCGAAUCGUGAUUGAUAAGAUUGCACGGCGUGUAGAACACCACAUCGCAACCAAUGUCAACGGGAAAGGUAAAAGAAAUCGCCAUCAGUCGGCUUGAAUCGCUUCAUCGUAAGACUCAACGUUGUCUGUCGUGCUACCGGAGGUGUGAGAAGGGAACAGGAAUCUACUGGUUUUCUAGUCAUAAUAAACACAUACGCACAAACCACCCGAGAUGGGAUUAAAGCUAAAAUGGUUCCGGCGUCGAAUCACCUUCGAGGGAAUCCCAUCGGCACCCGAGCGCAAUAUUAGGAGGAAAGAGCAUAAUUCUGGUGUUACCGCUGUUGGAGUGUACAGACAGAGCGUCAAUUUCGAAGACUACAUUGAACCGUCUAGGGCAUCCUACGGUGAGCCACCAAGUCAAUCGUUCGUGACCACGACAAUCAGAAAACCGAACACGUCUACAACCUCGUCAACGACAAUUGCGAAUCGGUCGUCGGAAAAGAACAAUACGAGAGAUAAGAUAGCGCGAGAGCGAACCAUUCAAACACCUCCUGAGCCGAACUAUUCACCGCCAAAACCUCCGCAGAGAAGAGCCAUUACCAAGACUAAAUCCACGCCAAACAUUUCGACACUUGAGAGCACACGAGCAGAACCGUUGCAAUUACAACCAAUCGAGACAACUCGAUCUGUGGAGGUGCUCAAUGAAGUUGCGGCAGAACCACUCCGAAAUGGCUCGGAUACACAGAUAUCUCGAGCUAUGGCAGUCAACCAGAAAGUGGAGAGUAGUGUUUCAACGGAAAUAAUUUCAAUAAGUGAAACCGAGCAGAAGAAGCAUUGGAAACAGCGACAACCUGCAUUGUCUAGUGAAAUUUUGAUGACAGCCAACCAUAAAACAGAAAAUGAAACACAUACUUCUGCUAAAAAUGAACCUGAACAAAUAGAACAUUGGAAGCAACAGCAACCCGAAUUUUUCAACGAAAUUCUGGAGAAAGUCAAUGAAUUCGCAAACACGACGAACUCUAGAACGGUUGAAGACGGCUACGGCAGUGAAACAGAAUCGUACGAUGAAAUAUUUGAAAAAGUGAAGGCAAAACCACGAGUUCCGCUGGUAUACGCUGCACCAUCCGAACCUAAGAACAUCGUUGGGAACUCGUACGAACGCAACCUCAGCCGCCAUACCAGUUCUAGUUCCGUAGAAGAUAUAUUUGAACCUCGACCACCGGAAUACAUUUUUGCAAUUUCUAUGGACGAGCAACUCACGAACAAUGAUGACACGUUUGAACCCGCAGUUGCUCCAAGAACUCCGGAAGUCGUUCCCAGAAGUCUAGCUGAGACUAGUCCACAGCCAGAUGUAUCUGAAUCAUCCCCAAAACCCUUGAAAUCCAUACUGAAAAAACGAGCUCCUGCUCCACCUGUCCAACAACCAGCGCAGCCAGAAGUUUCGCCUCUCCCGACGGAAGUACCCAUUCCUCCCCCGAGAGCGAUCCGGAAACAGCCAGAACCGGCUCCCAAGCCAGAACUAAGCGACGGCGAAGACGACGACGACGACGACGAUGAUUAUCUCAACUGGAACAUGGUGGAGCGUCAUCGAUCCAGCAUAACGCACACCGUAGCCGCCCAACAACGGGUGGAUCCGGAAAUCAUGCGAAACGUUCCUGUCAGCCUGCAGCAGAGCAAACCACUACACCUGAAGAACACCAGGGCCGUGAUGGACGAGGAACAACCUCGAACGCUUCGAGGUAUGCGCAACAGACAACCGGCUUCCGCGGCGCACGAUGGGAACAACUUUCUGGGUCUGCAAGGUCGAGACGCCCGGAAUAGUGAAUCGAACUACUCCGAAGCGUCCGCUUAGGCGUCUGUGUCUGUGUUGUGCUGGGUCUUCAUCUAUUUUAAGUGAAUAAAAUUUUGAAAAGUCAA